UCUAGUUCACGGCUAUAUAACGAACGUCCAGCCUAUAUUUUUCAUCAUUCAGAUUUGAAACGCAGUCGAAAACAGUCAAACAAAUUUACAAUCAUGAGCGGAAGAGGCAAAGCAGGCAAAUCCAAAGGAGGUAAAUCCAAGACCAGGUCGUCCCGUGCCGGACUCCAGUUCCCGGUCGGUCGUAUCCAUCGUCUGUUGAGAAAAGGAAACUACGCCGAACGUGUCGGAGCCGGAGCACCAGUAUACUUGGCCGCCGUCAUGGAAUAUUUGGCAGCCGAAGUUUUGGAGUUGGCCGGUAACGCUGCCCGUGACAACAAGAAAUCACGUAUCAUUCCCAGACAUUUGCAAUUGGCCAUCAGGAACGACGAAGAAUUGAACAAACUGUUGUCCGGAGUGACAAUCGCCCAAGGCGGUGUGUUACCCAACAUCCAGGCCGUUCUUUUGCCCAAAAAAACCGAAAAGAAAGUUUAAAUUUAACUGUUCACAACAUUCAAACCAACCAAAAAGGCCCUUUUCAGGGCCAUCAA